ACAAAUUUUCCAAAGAGUUUUUGGGGAGUGUUGCUGGAGCGACAGUCCUUGGCCUUAUAUAAAGCUGGGUCGUUCCGGUAACGUAGACCCGUCUGUCGUGAGAACGCAAACAUCGCGAUCCGUAUUGAUGGUGUGACAGGCCCAUAAAAAUAUCGAUGUAUUUCUCCAUUAUUUUCUGCAAAAAUAUCGAUAUUUUUUCACCCAAACCUCGUUGAUUCAUCCCUACUUGACCGAUAUCUUUGUUAUUUCCUUUAUAAAUUUUAGCGAAUUUUCGUAACAAAACUACAGAAUAUUAGAUAUAAUUAAGUUUUUAUAUGGUGAAAACUCAUUAUGAAAUAAUGAAAGGUGUUAUUGCAUCAUGGUGAAAACUAAGCUGGAAUUGGAUGCACCGACUAUUGUGUGCCGCAUUUGUCUUCAAAGCGGAGAAACGGGAGAAGAAAUGGCAUCUAUCUUCGACAAGGAUGCGGACUCGGUAUACCUAUACAAGAAAAUUGAGCGUUGUGGAGGCAUAAAGAUCCUUACCGAGCCGAAACUUCCUGCAAACAUAUGCAAGAAGUGCAACGCUUUUCUUAUAAUUGCUCAUAAAUUUCGAAUUAUAUGCAAAAAUUCCGACAAUUAUUUACGAAAAUUUGUCUGCAAAUCCUCUAAACCCAACAAAAAUGAAGAAAACCAGCCGGAAUACAUCCAGGAAUACAGUAAAAAAAAACCUGUAAAAACAGAAGUACUAAAUGCUAAAGCACCCACCGUUAAUGAAUCGCAACAUGAUAUUAACUAUGAAGAGGUAGUCAUUUACUCAGAAGAGUUCAUGCUUGAUGAAGGAGUGGAUGACGAUUUAAUUAUCGAAGAUUAUGGCGAUAGUUCACAAGAAUCUCAGGAUCAACUCCAACCGAUGUCCACUUUCGGAACACCAGAAAAAGGAAAUUGCGAAAAAAUAACUGAACAAAAUAAAAUUAAGAAAGAGAAACAGAUUCAUAUUUGUGAAAUCUGCGGCAAUAUAUAUCCCCGAAACUAUGAGCUUCAGGUGCAUAUGAGGCGUCAUCGAAAUGAGCGCAUCUACGAAUGCGAAAUUUGUGGUAAUUCGUUUCAUCUUAAUUCUGAAUUGACUCGACACAUACGCACACAUACUGGAGAGCGACCGUACGCGUGCCGAUAUUGCGAACGUACAUUCUCUUCUCGCUCCUCUAGGAUUGAUCAUGAGAGGGUGCACCGAAAUGAACGGCCUUACAAUUGCGAUAUCUGUGGCAAAAAUUUCUCCUAUUCAAGUGUUUUAAAAUCGCAUAAGCUAACACACACUGGCGAAAAACUAUUUAGCUGCGGCAUUUGUGGUAAACGCUUUACACGAGGUCACCAUCUGCGGGCGCACUUGGAGACACUGCAGCAUCAAAAUGAUCCCCGUUCCAAAGAGCUUAUUAAGCAAAUUAAGCGCCAAGAACUUAGCAAUGUAUGAAAAUGUUCCACUAUUUCUUCUGGUAUAUUUGGUAUACAUUUGAUAAACAUAUGUACAUAUAUGUUUUUUCUAAUUUUAAAUAUUGAUUGCCCGUAAAAUAUUAAAUUAAUACAUUCUAAGUUUAAAAGCAGUAAUAUAAAUAAGUUAAGGAAGCAUCCCUCUAACUUACCCUCAAUAAACAAUAAAAAAAUGUAGAUUUAUUAUUGGCUGCAUUUUUAAUUUAUUUUAAUUGAACGUAUAUAGGGUCCUCACAAAUUAUUUAACUGUUUUUUCUCAGAUUUACGGAUAUUUUGUUUUUGUGAAUUCAACCAAUAAAAAUAACACUAUUUGUAAAUAAAACUGACAACUAUCAAAGACACGAGAUCGGUGUGAAGACAUAGUGUAAGAAGUUUGGUUUUCUUAAAUUUUUCCCUCUGAGCUCCUCCGUCGGGGAAAAUUCCACAACAAAUGAGACGAUUUUUUACCAGAGAUCGGGAAAAUAACCAUCGACUUUUUAUGGCGUUUAUCACUGACACAAACACAAACCUCUCAAGCAAAAUGUGUUUCUCACCGUGGCAAAUCUCUGUGUUUUCUACUGUGGGUUAUUUAUAAUUUAGAAAUAACAUACAUACCGAUUUCUAAGUCUUUAUUAUU